UCCAUCACCGGCCCAGAACGACGAUGCAACUUCGAUGCUCUACUGUCUCCCAGUGAUGAAAACAAAGCUGUAGGUGUGCUGAGCUUGUUUCGUAUGAGGAACGUACCUUCAGUUGAUGAUAAUUCACACCGUACUUGGUUCGGGGAAAUCUGGAAAACAUUACUUCAAACAAUGGAGGACACAUUGAAAAGUAAACAUCACAGUCGACGGAAAAGGAAAUCUGAAAAGAUGACAGUAAGAGGAUCUAUAAAGGACGACAAUACUGACAGAAGUGGUAGCUGUGUGCUUAGUCAGAAAUGUACAUCUUCCCACAUGAGGUCACCUGUAUUAACUGAGAGCAAUUCUCCUGGGACUGAAAUACAAAAUUGUUCUCAGUUUAUUGAACAUGAACCAUCUGUCAUCUGGGAUUCACCACAAGCUUCACCGAACAGUAGUCAUGAACAGAAUUCCAAGAUAAUUGAUUUAAUUACACCACCACAAGGAAAGUGUCUCCCAACAAAGAAACCUGUCACCAGUAAACCAACAAGGAAGUUGCCAGGAGCAGCGUCUCCUUCAUUUUUGACAAAAUUGCUGCAUCUCUCCGAACAGUACAAAUACAGUGAAAAUGUGCACUCUGAAGAGAAGGAAGAGGAAGACAGUUUGUGUGAUGAAGAGAGUGUUCUUCAUAGUACAUCACUAAACCGUGAUACUGUUAACAGGCAAGAGACAGUUUCAUGCACUUUACUGGUAAAAGAUGAUUUUGGCAUGUUGCUAGAAAAUGAUGAUGAUGAUGAUGUCAUCCUACAAUGCACCCAGAAAGUGGAAGAGACGAUAAAUGAAUUGAAACAUAAAAAUUUUGAGCUGCCUAAUGCUUCAUUAUCACCCUGUAACAUCUUUAGAAAGUCAAAUAUGGUUCAGCCAGAUGAAAGAGCAGCUUCCAACAAACAUGUUGCAAAUAUGGUGAAGGUACCCAGCGGAAAGAAGGAUGUCAGUUCAGAACUGUCACCAGCACCUAAGCCAAGAAGAUCGAGAACGCCAAGAUCUGCCAAAUAUUACAAAUAUGGCCAAUUUAUAGGCUAUGGUUCUAGAAAGUCCCCAAGAACAAAGAAAAACUUAUCUGAAUCUUUAACUCAUCAGGAAAUCCAUGAUGACUCUCUUGAAAGUGCCCUUCAGACUUUGGUAGAUGAAGAUUAUUCUUUUCUGGACACAUCAGCAGGUAGUGAUGUGAACAAAACAACAGAAAUUAAUAAAAAAGGCAGUGGCAAGAAGAAAAGUGUGUGUGACAGUCCUACAGAACGAACUGAUGUUACUAAGGUGAAAACUCGUCAGAAUGAUGUAAGAAAUUUGUCUAAUGUUUGUCGCCUAACUUCAAAAACGUUAGAACCAAAAAUAAAUGAACGACCAAACACAAAAUCUAGAUUAGGGAAACCCAACAAAAAUUCAUUGGACAACCAUUGCACUCUUUUAUCUGAGAGUGGAGAUGCAUUCUUUGAAACGGCAGCUUUAGAAGAUGACAUAGUAAAUGAAACUGAAUUGGUGAAUGUAUUGGAAAUAGUUGAAUCUCAGGCAGUUACCAGUUCACCACCUUUAAGAUGCACACCAGAAGAAAUUCAGAGGAAAAGGAUAGAAGCUAAACAAAAAUUAGCCAAAAAGAAGUUGAAUUCCAAAACAAAAACCUCACUUCCCAGUGUUAUCAAGCCCAAAAGAUAGCAUACUAGUUUAAUUUUAUGGAACGUAAUGAUGACGGAUAUUCUUUUGUAUAUGCAAUCAUUUUGGAAUAGUAUUUUUGGGUCUCGCUUUUCUGUGCCCAUUGCUGAAAAUAAAUGAGAGACUGUCAUGGUAACCUUCAUACUAUGAUAUUCUAAUUGAGAGCAACAAUAUUUUUACAUUGUUAUUGAUCAGUGAGAUGUUUAAAAACUGUAACAGCAUGUACAAAGUUUUGUGCAACUGCAAAUUACUUCUUAAAAAUACAGUCUUUUCAUAUGUCAUGUUGUGUUGUUACCUGGAGGUAUUUGUAAUUUUUUUAUAUAGUAUGUGCAUAGAAAAUAUCAUUAUGUUAAUUAUGGUUUUUUGUUACAGGUGUAUUUUCUAACACUGUACUUGUUGAAUUAAUUCAUCAUUG